UCGUGAGCAGUGCUCUGGAGGCCGUGUGGGUCUCCGUGGGGAUCCUGGGGACGCCUUGGGCCAGGGACACCACGUGGCAACACCCCAAGAUGCCGCCGAGGGCGAGACCAUCCCCGUGGACCUGCCGAGCGCGCCCCAGAUGCCCGGGCUCUGGCAGCAUCCCAAGGCCGCCAGCCUCAGCGCCAGAGAGCGGCGGAACAACAACAAGAAAAACGCCGAGGACGAGCCGCGGGGCUCGCGGGGGGACGGCGCUGCCGCCGGCACGCCGCCGAAGGCGGCCUACGCGGCGGGCAGCCUCGGGCCGACGGCUCCCGCGGGGGCCGCGCCGCGGCCCUCGGAGGGCGCGGGGGCGCUGAAGGAGGAGUUCCAGCGCCUGCGGGCCGGCGCACGGACGAGGGCGGCGAGCCCGGCGGCGCCAGCAGCGGACGCCCGCUCGGCGCGCGGGCUGGCGCAGCAGCGCGAGUUGGCCCUGGCCAAGGCGCGAUUCCUGCUGCCGUUCGCGUGCGAGCGCCACGUGCGCGGCGGGAGCAGGAGGACCGAGAUCAGGACCUGGCCCGCAGACGGCCCUCUGGACCUCCCGCUGCCGCAGGACCGGCUCGCCGAGGCGCUGAGUCACCUCCCCCCCUGGGGACUUCUCCAUCUCGCGCGGCGACCUGCACGCCGCCCUGGCCGCCUGGGUUUGGGAGCGGAUGCCGCUGGAGCUCGUCACGUCGAGGCGCGACGAGAAGACCCUCCAGAAGGUCCGCUCCGUCUGCUGCAGCCCCGAGGCAAGCAUGCUCGCCGGCCUUAUGGCGCACCUGACAUACUGGCAGACCUUGGCCCACGCCCGCGGCGAGGGACGCAGUCGCCUAACCGACCGUGCGAUGCAGACGAUGAUCGCGAGCGCGAAGGAGUUUUGGCAGUCGUUCGAGGAGGAGCACCGGGACACCCCGACCGGCGUCAGUUUGGUCCUCCCGUGCUUGAUGCUCGCCGUGAAGGUGGGCAUGCUGCACUGCUUCGAGACGCAGUACCCCAAGAUCUGCCAGGAUCAGGAUUUGGCCCAACAGUUGGUCGACCGGAUCAACGCGGUGGUGAUGAGGCUGCUGGACAGGGACAACGUCUACCCGCGGUUCGGCCGGGUCGACUGCACCGGGGAGGCAACGGCUUUGGCUCGGAAGGUGGAGCACUUCCAGAACCCGCGCGGGUGCGCGGGCGCCUCCAGGCGCUUCGCUGGCGGGGUCAAGGCGCUGUCGCAGCCCGUGCAGAACGCGCUGAAGAGCAGCGCCGACGCACCGAGGCCGCCCCCGUGCCCAGAGCCGCAGCCCCUCCGCGCGGGGGGGCUGCCCCCGCUGGGCUCGGCGCGCGGCUGAGCCGCGCGCCGCGCGCGCAGCGCGCGUGCGCGGCGGAAGCUCCUGGGGAGGCGCGUGCCGCAAGAGGCGGCCCUCUCCAGGAGGAGGAG